CGCGGAAGUGUAACACACACAUUCCUCGCUCUAUCUCUCUCUCUCUCUCAAAUCACUUGCAAAGACCAAGAUCUUCCACUUCCUCUUCUUCUUCUUCUUUCUUCUUCUUGACUUGUUCCAGUACUAGACUUGGUGUUUUUGAUCACAUUCAAGAAAUGGAGAACCCUCCGGAUCAAACAGAAGCUAAGCAAAUCCAACCCAAUGGAGGCAAAAGAACCAAGGGUGGAAUCAUCACUAUGCCUUUCAUCAUAGCAAACGAGGCGUUCGAGAAAGUGGCGAGUUAUGGACUAUUACCAAACAUGAUUCUGUACUUGAUCAGAGAUUACAGGUUUGGAGUGGCCAAAGGAACAAAUGUGCUCUACAUGUGGUCUGCUGCAUCAAACUUCACACCUCUCUUGGGUGCUUUCCUCUCUGAUUCCUAUCUAGGUCGCUUCCUCACCAUCUCCAUUGCUUCUCUCUCCAGUUUCUUGGGAAUGGUGCUUUUAUGGUUAACUGCAAUGUUACCACAAGUGAAGCCAUCUCCUUGCGAUCCCACAGCAGCUGGAAGCCAUUGUGGAUCAGCAACCGCGUCUCAGCUGGCUCUUUUGUACUCCGCAUUUGCCCUUAUCUCGAUCGGGUCAGGUGGGAUUAGACCAUGUUCCUUAGCCUUUGGAGCUGACCAACUAGACAACAAAGAGAACCCAAAGAACGAAAGAGUUCUCGAGAGUUUCUUUGGUUGGUACUAUGCUUCAUCAGCUGUGGCUGUUCUCAUCGCGUUCACGGGGAUUGUAUACAUUCAGGAGCAUCUCGGGUGGAAAAUUGGGUUUGGAGUGCCUGCGCUCCUCAUGUUGGUCGCUUCUUUGCUAUUCGUUCUCGCGUCUCCUCUCUAUGUUACACGCGGUGUGACCAAGAGUCUCUUCACUGGUUUAGCUCAAGUGGUUGUUGCAGCUUACAAGAAGAGGAAGCUAAGUUUACCAGAUCAUCAUGACUCCGUUGAUUGUUACUAUCACAUGAAAGAUUCUGAAAUCAAAGCUCCAAGUCAAAAGUUAAGGUUUCUGAACAAAGCUUGUUUGAUAAGUAACCGUGAGGAAGAGAUUGGGUCAGAUGGGUUUGCUUUGAAUCCAUGGAGGCUGUGCAUAACAGACAAAGUAGAGGAGCUUAAGGCAUUGAUCAAAGUUAUACCGAUAUGGUCCACAGGCAUAAUGAUGUCCAUAAACACUAGCCAAAGUACGUUUCAGGUGCUACAAGCGACUUCCAUGGACAGGCGUCUAAGCAGGCAUGGUUCAAGCUUUCAAGUUCCAGCUGGAUCAUUCGGUAUGUUCACAAUCAUAGCUCUCGCCACGUGGGUGGUUCUUUAUGACCGUGCAGUUCUCCCAUUAGCUUCAAAGAUCCGAGGCAGACCAUUUCGACUCAGCGUUAAACUAAGAAUGGGAUUAGGGUUAUUCAUGUCGUUCUUAGCUAUGGCGGUUUCUGCAAUGGUUGAGAGUUUCAGAAGGAACAAAGCUAUAAGCCAAGGGUAUGGAAACAAUCCCAAUGCUGUAGUAGACAUCUCAGCUAUGUGGCUAGUGCCACAAUAUGUGCUACAUGGACUAGCAGAGGCUCUUACCGCAAUAGGACAGACUGAGUUUUUCUACACCGAGUUUCCUAAAAGCAUGUCUAGCAUUGCGGCUUCUCUCUUCGGUCUAGGAAUGGCUGUGGCUAGUCUAUUGGCAAGCGUGGUCCUGAAUGCAGUCAAUGAACUAACCUCAAGAAAUGGUAAAGAGAGUUGGGUUUCAGACAACAUUAACAAAGGUCAUUACAACUAUUACUAUUGGGUACUCGCGAUAAUGAGCUUCGUCAAUGUGAUAUACUACGUGAUAUGUAGCUGGUCGUAUGGUCCUUUGGUAGACCAGGUGAGGAAUGGUAGAGUUAAUGGUGUGAGAGAGGAAGAGGAGUUGCUUGAUAUUGUUGGGAAAGGCUACGAGAAGGAAGAUUUAAGUGCUGUUACUAAAGCCAAUUAAAGUUUCAUAGGUCAUGCAUGGCUUGUUGUACUUUGUCUAUAAAGGAAGCAAGAAACUAUAGGAAAUUAUAUUUUAUUGCAUUGGUGUGUGGUGUUAUUAAGUGUUAAAUUAAGUUCUAUGUAGAUUUGUAAUUAGAUUGAAUAUUAUGUGUUUGUGUUUUAAUUAGGGAGUUUUUUUUUAUUGAUGAAAAGGUCAAUGGUUUUUGGCA